AUUUCAUGGCAUGGAUGGAACAAGCACGAAUGGUCUCGGACAAUGCGGCUCCUCUGCUUGUCGCCUCCCUCCUGGCCGCCACCGCCCUCCUCCUGCUCAUGUUUCUCCGCCGUAGCGGCAGCAAACACGGCCGCCUUCCCCCGAGCCCCUUGGCGCUCCCCCUGAUCGGCCACCUCCACCUCAUCCGCCCUCCCCCGCACCGGGCAUUAGACCGGAUCGUCGCCCGCUACGGCCCCCUCGUGUACCUCCGCCUCGGACCCUCCACCCACUGCGUCGUCAUCGGCUCCACCGACGCCGCCCGCGACGUGCUCAAGUUUGAGGGCAGCAUCCCGGAGCGCCCGGUCAAGGCCGUCACGCGCCACCUUGCCUACGAAUCCGCCGGCUUCGCCUUCGCGCCCUAUGGCCCUCACUGGCUCUUCAUGAAGCGCCUGUGCAUGUCUGAGCUGCUCGGCCCGCGCACGAUCGAGCAGCUGCGCCCCGUCCGCGCCGCCGAGCUCGCGGGCGUCAUAAGCGCGGCCACCGUGGCGGCGGCCAGGGGGGAGACCAUUGACAUGAGCCGGGAGCUCAUCCGCAUGUCCAACAAUGCCAUCAUGAGGAUGGUGGCGACCGAGCUUCCCGGCGACAUGGCGGACGCGGCACGGGACUGCGCUAAGCAGGUGUCGGAGCUGGUGGGGGCGUUCAACAUCGAGGACUACGUGGCCCUAUGCCGCGGCUGGGACCUGCAGGGGCUCGGUCGCAGGACGCGCGCCGUGCACUCGAGGUUCGACGCGCUGCUGGAGGCCAUGAUCAAGACCAAGGAGAAGGACCGGCGUGAGGGCCCCGGCAAGGGCAUGGCCAAGACCAAGGACUUGCUCGACAUCGUCAUGGACGCGGCGGCCGACCCGGCUGCCGAGGUCAAGCUCACCAGGGACAACAUCAAGGCUUUCGUCCUCGACAUCUUCACAGCCGGGUCGGACACGACGGCCACUACCGUGGAGUGGAUGCUGGCGGAGCUGCUGAACCACCCGGCCUGCCUGGCGAAGCUGCGGGAGGAGCUGGACGCGGUGGUUGGCAGGAACCGGCUGGUGGGCGAGCCGGACGUGGCGCAUAUGCCAUACCUGCAGGCGGUGCUCAAGGAGACCCUAAGGCUACGCCCCCCGGCGGUGUUCGCUCUGCGGGAAACGACCGAGCCAAUCCACGUCCGCGGGUACACCAUACCUCUAAAGACCUCAGUCUUCUUCAAUAUCUUCUCCAUCGGACGCGACGCAGCGUGGUGGGAGGAGCCGCUCGAGUUUCGGCCGGAGCGAUUCAUGCCCGGUGGCGCCGGCGAGGCCGUGGACCCAAAAGGGCAGCAUAUGCAGCUCAUGCCGUUCGGGAGCGGCCGGCGAGCGUGCCCCGGCAUGGGGCUAGCCAUGCAGGCCGUGCCGGCGUUCCUGGCGGCGCUGGUGCAGUGUUUCAACUGGGAGGUGGCAAAUCCUCCAUUGGACAUGGAGGAGGAGGCGGGGCUGGUCACCGCCAGGAAGCAGCCUCUCGUCAUCCUGCCCACGCAGCGUCUCCACCCUAUGCCUCUUCCCUAAACACGCUUCCAUGCAUACAUCCAUUCACAUCCUCUCGGAGGAUCCUCUUGUGUGUAUCUAAUCUUUCUGUGUGUGCUGGG